UAUGGGCAUUUCUUUUCUUGGUGUUGUUUUCCUUUGACUUAUCGUAUAUACCAUCCAUCAUCUUUCUUUUGAUCUCUGCAUGACCUUACCUUACCUUUCAAUCCAUUUUCCUUUAUCUAAAAAUCUGGGGUCUCUCUUAUCCUUUCUAAUCCCAUCAUAAUCACCAAUAAACAACAAGAACAGCACCAGCCAUGGCCUUGCAGAUUGCACCUCUUUGACAAACCCAGAUUCCAUAUGGAAACUGGAAUAAUCCAGGGACCUUUGGGAUUUCGUUCCCUGUCUAAAUUCAUAUUAUGCACCAUUUCUGGGGCCCUCACCGUGUGUUUUGCCAUUGCUGGGGCCCUCACAGGAGCUAUAGCUGGUGCUUUAGCAGCUAAGGCUACUAAGAGUGGUCUUCUCCGGGGAGUUUCAUUGGGUGCCAUUGCUGGCUCCAUACUCUCGGUGGAGGUUUUGGAAGCUUCACGUGCCUACUGGUGCAUGGAGCAAACUGGCUCACGGGGGGCAUCAUCUAUGGCAGAUUUUAUAGAGGAACUUGUUCGUGGGAGGCUUGUUGAGGAGUCCCUUACACCUGCUAUUUUAACUGCUUACAAUUUGCAGUUUGAGCAGGCUGGCAUCGCUAAUACAGGCUAUGAUGAGAUUCAUGAUAUUCAUGGCUUAGUGGCACCUAGAGGAUUGUCAGGAGAUUCAUUGAAGAAGUUACCGCACCAUAUGAUCACAAAGGAUAUGAAGGCAGAGAAUACUUGCUGUGCAAUAUGUUUGCAGGACAUUGAAGUAGGCGAAAUUGCAAGAAGCUUACCUCGCUGUCACCAUACAUUUCACUUGAUAUGUGUGGACAAAUGGCUUGUCAAGAAUGAUUCGUGUCCUGUCUGCAGACAGAAUGUGUAACUUGUUGCCUGGGCAUUUUGUGAUCAUCUUUACGGGCAAAUGUAUAUGUUGUAUUAAUUGUUUCAUUAUGUACAAACUAAGAUUACUAUCAAGUUCUGUACAGUUGACACUGGCAUUUUGUACUAUUCUAUAACGUAAUUAAACAACACUGUUUGGUAUGAAAGCCAAUGCCCAAGCCCCAAUAACGAAUCAUGUUUCGGGAGAGAAAAUGAAAA